AUGGAGAACACACAGCAGGCUGAGCAGUUUCUGACUGCGAUCCAAUCCUUCACCGACCAAGGUCGGUAUAUAGAGGCGGCAGAGCGUCUGCAAUCUACAGAAGCUCGCACUGCCCUUAGUACCAAGAGACUUGCACUCGAACUGGCAGAGGUUUUCGGUCAGCAAGGGUACUACGGAAAGGCCGUAAGGACCUUGGAGCAGCACGUUACUGAUCCUGAGGUUGUGUCUCUCCACAAUAUUGUAGGCAUGCGACUGCAAAUGGUGUUGCUUAGUUUCAAGGCUCAACGUUUGCAUGAUUUCAAGGGUCUUGGAGGGAUCCGUCAGCGGGUUCUAUCCCUCGAGGAUAUUAUCAGUUCGCUGAUUUCAUGUGAUAAUUAUCUGGAUGAAGAUGUGGUACGAACAGUCGAAGGCUAUUGCCAGCUGAUGCAGUGGAUUAGCGAGUUCAAUCGGCCUCUCCCGAAGGAGGCUAUGGAAAGGGUGUUCGUCUGGGUCAAACGAGCUUUGGACGCGAACAUAUCACAUAGCCAAUUUCGACUUGCCGUCAUUUUACUCAGAGCAUACACAGCUGGAGCAACAUCACGGUUGGCCAAGCUAUAUGGUCUAGACAUGGAUGAGUGUAAAGAAGCAAUGCAGCGUCUUGUGGAUGCACCGGCUAUUCCAAAUCUCCUCAAAGCAAAGGUCUUCCAUUUAUUGGCAUGGACAACAGACCCUGAAGACAAAGCUUUGGGGGAGUCGUACGAGGUAAAGGCUGUGGAACUGUACAAAGAGUCAUGCAGCACAACAGGUGAGGUAGGGAUUCGAGUCAGCCGGGUCUGCCACGACAUGUCCAGCGGGAAUAUGGAUCUCGUAGAGGGCGGGAACAUACUGGAGGGGCUCCUGCAGCAGCUAGAAGAUCAGGACUAUCUAGCGGGCCGCUUCAAGGCAUUAGAAAUCAUGCAGGCGAAAUUGAGUGGGCGCGAAUUUUUCGAGCUGCAGUUGUCUCUUAUUGACACAGCGCAGACAUUGGCGGAGCAGGCUGAGGCACCUGUGCUCGCCAUGAUAUUUAAACUUCGCGCAAUAUCGCACUGGUAUAUCCGAGGUGGGCACACGCCACGGGUUAUUGAGUUCGGCAAGGGGCUUUAUGACGCUCUAGACGAAGUGGAUUGUGCUUGGUUUAAGGGUGCGGUGGCCAACAUUGUUGCGCUCGCAUACAUACCGCUCAAUGAUCAUCAAAACGCAAUAGAGUGGUCAAAGCAUUCAGAGCACCUGUGGAUGUUAUGCUCUGUUGCAGACGGAGCCGGCGCGGUGGAAACGCAACUGCUGGCGGAUGUCCAGGCUUGCAGUACCUGGACAGAGCAGGAAUUCGAUGCGGCUGUAGCAAAGUGGACCACAGUAAUAGACAAUGAGGCCGAGCAGGGCUUGACCGAGGAUGUUGUCAAGAAAAUGGGCCAUCUCACCGAUGCUUUGAUGAAGAGGAGAGACCCCAGAACAAACAACUUGCUCGAGAGAUGGGAGAAACUGCUCAGCCAACAGCCACCAACUCCUUCUGCUAAAGCGAUUGACUUUAAAUUGGCCGCAUCAUGUCUGGACACGGUCAAAUCUUUAUUAUCUCCAUCAUCCCAAGGUUCUUGGAGUCCACAACUCGUGGCUCAAUGUAUCAACUUGGUCCAAAAGGCACGUCGGUUAUAUCAGAAGCACAAGAACAUACCGGAGGAUGCAAAGGCACUCUCAGUCCAGGCCACGUUAAUGUUCUACGUGUCGCAGAGGUACAGCAGUGAAGAUCUGCUUCGAGCAUCCAUUGAAACAAUGGACACGACAGUUGAAGCAUUCCGCCUUUUGGACUCUAAAGCUAUGGUCAGUUCGGCGACGUAUUGGCGGGCUGUCUUUGCAUUCCACCAGAAUGAUUCAGCAGAAGCUGUUAUGCAGUAUCUCCUAGAGGCAGAGACAGCAAGGAAUGAUGAGCGUGUCGAGGUAGCUAUGCUCGGCAGGCUGGAUGGCCUGACCCAGAAACAGAGGAUGGCUGCCGAUCCUAGCAACCUAAAAAUAUUCGAGAUGGCAUUCCAACUGUGCCGCAGAGAAGGUUGGGUCGAACAACUCUGGGAGUGGCUCCAGAAGUCCAAGGCCAGAAGUCUUUCGGACUUGUUGGGGCUCAGAGCACUGAUUCCUGGAUACCUCAGGGCUGAGAUCAUGGCCGAUCCAGAAGCCAAUCGGCUGUUUGUUCAAGAAGAGGCGUUACUACAGGCCAUCGCACAAAGUCAAGCUGCCGAGCGCCUACCCCUCCGCAAUCAGCUCCAUCUACUCCAGCAGCAAUGGCGACAGUACUCCGUACUAGACUCAGUGACUGCAAUCCGAAACGCUACUCCAGCUUCGCUUGAGCAGCUGCGCUCGUGGUUCGCUCGAACGCCGGAACUACAAGAUCUCGGACCUCUCGUGUUUGCUGACUGGCUGUUUAUAGAGGACGACAUCUUCCUCUUAACCGUGAGACCCGAUUCUGUAGCUCCUCAGCUGGCGAAAUGCCCCAUAUCACGGACUGAGAUCAAUAAAUGGGCUCUGCGAUUUGCAAAGGGCCAAGGGGAUGAUGACGAAGAGUACGACUACGAUUUUACUAGGGAAGAAUGGGACGACGACGACCCGGAUUACGCCCUCAGACAUCUGGAUGCCCUCAUAUUACCUCUAGGUCAAGUUUCAGCACCAGAGGACCUCAUAGUACUCUCUACAACCGGCAUUCUGCAUUCCAUCCCUCUUCAUGCUCUAUGGAUAGAUGAGGAGCCUCUCAUCACCAGAAACCCUGUCGUCUACGCCGCGAACAUGACGAGCUUCAUGCAGUGUUUCCGCAGAUCUGUCGACUUUCCUCCACAGGCUGAAUCAACGCCCAUGACCAUCAUGGCGGUUUACGAACCAGGCGGCGGAAGAGCGUUCUCCCCUGCGGAGCAGUCAGCCGUGUAUAGCGCAGCAAGUAAUCUAGGUAGUAUCACUGGCGCGCGUGUCUUCUCGGACCAAGCAGCCAAUAAACAGAAUUUUAGUAAUGCGUUGGAGACGUCGACCAUAUUCCAUUUCCAUGGUCACUGCGUGCUAAGGCCGGAGCUUCUCACAGACCAGGCGCUAGUGCUCGCCCAGGGCGAAGAAGUCUCCGUCAGCGACAUUUUCGGGCUGACACUCGACACUGCAUCACACAUUACAUUGGUUGCAUGCGAGUCGGCAGUGCAGGGAGUGGCAAAGGCGGAUGAGCCCCAGGGUCUUGUGACAGCACUUUUGUGUGCCGGUGCUGGUUCAGUUCUGGGGACAUUAUGGCCUAUUGCUUCUAUGCCGGGGAGGCUUUUCGCGGAAUUAUUUUACGCAGACGUUCUAAGACAGAUACAGGAAGGGGCUGGUAGAUAUGGAGUUGUGGAUCUGGCAAAGACACUGCGCAAAGUGGUCCUGGACCUAAGGACGGAUAAGAGGACGAGAAAACCGUAUCAUUGGGCUCCUUUUGUUCUACAUGGCAGUCCUGUACUGAGGCAGCCUAGUUCUUAA